UCUAAGAUCUAAACUAUUGCAGCCUUAGCGAUUUGAUAAUUGCACCAACUCAAAUUCUAAUUUCGAUUUGAUUGUACUAUGUGGUGCAUGUUUAGAUAUGCAGUUUGAAAUGUAAAUUCCAGCUCGAUUUUUGCUGAAGAUAUUUAGCAGAAAGCAUAAUCCAUUAAACACACAAGCCUCCGACCACCAGAGGGCGCCCCGUUCGGAGGAGAAUGCCGGGUGCAGCUGUGUGUUAUAAAUACAGGCCGGAAGACAUGGAGCAGCCAGGACAAACAAGUGGUGUGAUAAACCUGUGUGGUUUUGGAUAAUAACGCAAAGAGAAAUGCUGUUCUUGUCCAUGCUACAAAUCAACACUAAAGUUUAAUUCACACACUGACGCACAAAAGCACUUUCUAUUCUGCUGACAACCCUAAAAGCAGUCAGCAUGUCUCAUCGUGGAACCCUUACUGCGGUUGUGACCACAGUUUUGGGGGUAACUCUUGGGGGGCUGUUGGCGUGGAGAGUUUACCGCACUAAAAGAAGGAGGCUGCCUUUCAAUCAGAAGGCGGCUAAACCUGUAGAACUGCCCCACUGUCCCACUAACACAGACUUGACUCCUGCGGAGGUCACUACAUCUCCCAAAUGUUUAGAAGAGGAAGUGAAGGCAGUGGAGUCCCAGCCCACCCUAGCGCCCCCCACAGUUUUGUUACCGUCGUGUGAACAGGUGUUAUGUGUGAAUCCGGUCACAGUGAGCUCAGAGGAGGAAUGGGAGCAGCUGUGGUCCCCCUUUCAGGAGGAGCUGUCGGACUUCCCCGUGCUGGGAUUGGACUGUGAAUGGGUUUCAGUGAAGGGCAAAGCAUCGGCCGUGUCCCUCCUGCAGAUGGCGUCGUACUCUGGUCGGUGCAUUCUGGUGAAACUGCUCCACUUUCGAAACUCUCAGCAGCCCCUCCCCCUCGGCCUGAUCCAAGUGCUUCGGGACCCUCAUAUCCUUAAAGUCGGAGUGGGAUGUUACGAAGAUGGCAAGCGGCUAACACGAGACUACGGUCUGUCGCUAACGUGUACGGUCGACCUUCGUUACCUUGCCCUGAGACAGAAGAAGGCUACAGUGAACAAUGGUCUGAGCCUGAAGUCUCUGGCUGCAGAUCUGUUGGAUGUAACUCUAGACAAGUCUCUAGAGCUUCGCUGCAGCGACUGGGAGGCAGACCACCUCACACCAGAGCAGAUGUGUUACGCUGCCAGAGAUGCACAGGUCUCCAUCGCACUCUUCUUCUGCCUCCUCGGUCUUCAGUCUGAGGGGGGUCCAGUCUCGCCCAGUGGGAGCUCUUAUGCAGAGCUGGUGUCCCGCUGCCAGGGACUGGUGGACGUCCCGUUCCGAGGCCGAGGGGAUGGAGAGGACAAACCUGUCGACGGAGAGCGGAAGCGGAAAACCAUUCGGAAACCCACAGCCUUCAUAAGCCCAGAGUCUGGAGAUCAACAAGUCCCAGACCCUCGACGCAAUAACAAGAGGAAACCACUGGGAGUAGGCUACUCUGCCAGGAAGUCCCCUCUGUAUGAUAACUGCUUCCUGCAUGCUCCGGAUGGACAGCCGCUGUGCACCUGUGACAAGAAGAAAGCCAAAUGGUACCUGGACAAAGGGAUCGGAGUUCUGGUGAGUGAAAACCCCUUCAUAGUGAGGCUACUGUUUGAGCCGUCAGGACGUCCUGACUCACAGCAGGACUACUACCUGACUGCCAAGGAGAAUCUCUGUGUGGUCUGUGGAAAAGCAGACUCCUACAUUAGGAAGAACAUAGUGCCGCACGAGUACAGGCGACAUUUCCCUACCGAGAUGAAGGACCAUAACUCCCACGACAUCCUGCUGCUGUGCACGAGCUGUCACGCCGCCUCCAACGUGCACGAUGGCUUCCUAAAGCAGCAGCUGGCCGAUGAAUUCUCCGCCCCCCAGGGCUGUGAGGAGGGGGUCCGGCUCCAUGAGGACACGGACCGUCGCAAGGUCCGAUCUGCUGCCCGGGCUCUACUUAGCGCUGGGGAUGGUCUGCCUGAGUCCAGGAGGGUGGAGCUAGAGGAGAUGAUCAAGAACUACCUGAACAUGAAUCACGAUGAACCACUGACUGUAGAGACUGUCAACCAGGCCGCCAGUCUGGAGACCAGGAUCUUUAAUGAAGCGUACAUCCCCCAUGGUCUGAAGGUGGUCCGGGCUCACGCAGAGCAGGGUCUGAGGGGCCUGAUGGAGCUGGAGCGGCGCUGGCGGCAACACUUCCUCAGUAGCAUGAGACCCAAGCACCUGCCCCCCCCUUGGUCUGUGGAUCACAACCACAGCAAGUUCCUGCGUAAAUAUGGAGCCGAUAUCCCCAUCAAACUCAACUGAGAGUCUGCUCAUUUAAACCCAGGACCUACAAAAUGGACCUAACAAGACUGAGAGGGCUAUGAACCACCUGUCACAAACCUGGACCUCAAUAUGAGACUGUUGGACCACUAAAAAUAAUGUGAGAAGCAGUGAUGCAUUUCUGCUUUAAUGGACUAAAAUCUGUGUCGAAUUUGAAGUUGGAACUCUUGACACUUUUUUAUGAACACUAAAAUUAUUUAUAAAAAAAAGUAUUUGAUGUAAUUUAAUACUGCCUUUUUUAAAUAUAAGCUGCUACCUGCUUGGACUUCCCUUUUCCCUUAACUUCUGGACUUAAGCGCAGGUCUGCAGCUGGAAAGAUCAAAUCAUUUGCUUAGUUUGCAGAUAUAAGGUUGUUUCUAAUUGCCUUUUAAUGAAGUGCUCCCCCUGCUGGUGUGAUUUGUAAGUUUUAUGGAUGGCUUGUCACCUCAGUGCUGAACUCAUUUUUGCUCUAUUCCACUAAAAGAUGUGCUCUGGUCUUUUGCUCUUUCUUCAUUGUAAGCUAUCCAUGCAGUUCUUUUUACAGGGAGAGACUGACACUGAAGUUGGCUUGUAUCAUUGACCACAUAAGUCCCAUUGCCUGCACCCCUAUUCUUAUGGGAUCUCCUAUGGCUCAUGUUUUAAUGUGCCUCUUAAACCCCAUAACUAAGGGAGUACAAAGCAGUGGGACCCUCUUGUUUCAGUAAUCGCUUUCAAUGCAAUUUUGUCUUAAAAUGUAAAAAAACAAAAACAAAAAAAAACAACAAAGCUGUAAAUUCAAUAUUUAAGAUGCCAACUUUGUGGUUUUGAAAAUGCAUAACUUUGCCGGGCUGCAUUUCCUUGUGAUCAUUCAAAUUGUACUACUGUGAAUCGCUGCCCUGUUCAUUUGUCUGAACUAGAGCAGUUUUGUUUAUAAACGAAUGAUUUGAAAAUAAUAAAGUCAUGUUUGUAAUAUUC